CACCAGGGCUGUUAUUCAAUUCAAUUCAGGGCUGUUCUGAGCAGGAAAGCGGAUUGAAAUUGUAACAGGUUGAGGUGAUAUUAAGGUUAACAUUAUAAUGACGUUAUUAUACGACAACAUGCCCAUUUUUUAAGGUAAAUUAAUGUACUGGUCUAUGUGUUUGCUGGUCGUGCAGCUGUUGGCGAGACGUUUUACUGCACAGCUGAAAGUGAAAGUAAAACUGCUAACUGAGGAGGAAAGGAACCGCCCAGGUCUCUCUGUAAGAUGGUCGAAUCUCGAAUAAAGUAAUCAAUCAAUCAAUAUUACUGGGCUUGAUUGGCCAGCCAACUCACCUGACCUGGACCCCAGAGAGAAUCUAUGGGAUAUUGUCAAGAGCAAGAUGAGAAACACCCGACCCAAAAAUACAGACCAGCUGAAGGCUGCUAUCAAAACAACCUGGGCUUCAGUAACACCUCAGUAGUGCUACAGGCUGAUCGCCUCCAUGCCAUGCUGCAUUGUUGCAGUAGUUUGUGGGAAGAGAAGAGAUAUGUGAACACAUCCAUUGAAAUUUUUAUCCAAAAUAACUUGCGUUUCAUUGGAUCUCCAGCCCAAGCAGUUGAUACAUGCUCAAAAACCCAAUAGAGUCUCUGUGGCAGUGUGUGGAUUUGAACUCAUCUGAUCACUAGCUUGUGAUGGCUGACCUGGCUGCAGGCUCUGCAUGCCGUGCAUAUGGAGCUCUCCUUUUCCAGGACCUGAUCCUCUGGCUCGCCCUGUGGACUGCACUUCUGUGCUCUGAAGGUGCUUUGCACAUGAACCUGACAUGGCUGUGGGCUUUCAGGGCUUUCAGCUGGUUUCUGCUUUACACAGUCAGUUUAGCCACCCUGGAUAAGACCACACACAAUCUUCUGAAGCCCUGGGUAGCAUUACAGUGUUUUGUAGCUCCUGUGUUUGACAUGGUGCAAACACUAGUUCUUGGAGGGAGGUGUGGCUUUAGUCCUGUGCCUGUCCCCUCCAUGGUGGUUUUAAAUGCACUGACUGGCAUUCUGAUCCAUCUGAUGUGGGACAAGGCAUUCCCUAGUAAAAAGGUGAAGAAAGAACAAGAGGCCAAGGUUCUCCUGAUGAGAGUGAUUCACUGUUCAAAACCAGACUACCUUCACCUGGGGGCAGCCUUUUUCUUCCUCAUCUUGGCUGCAUUAUUUGAGUCACGUAUUCCGUACUACGUGGGGAAAAUCAUUGAUGGUUUGAGUGGAGAAUACAAGCAUGACAACUUCUUGUGGGCCAUUGCAUGCAUGGCGUUUUACUCUUUUGGAAGUUCUAUGUUCUCUGGCUUGAGAGGAGGCAUGUUCAUGUGUAGCCUGAGCAGACUCAACAAUAGAAUUCGACACAUGCUGUUUCAGAACCUGAUGAAACAGGAAAUAAGCUUCUUUGAAGAAAAUAAACCAGGAAGCUUGACAUCGCGACUGGCCUCCGACACUGAUAAAAUGGGCCGCUCUAUAGCCCUGAAUGUAAAUGUGCUCCUGAGAAGUCUGGUUAAGACAUGUGGCAUGCUUGUGCAGAUGCUCAGCCUGUCCUGGCAGCUCACACUCCUCACCUGUGUGGAGAUGCCUCUCCUCGCUGUGCUACAGAACUAUUACAACAUUUACUACCAGAAAAGAUCAAGUGAGCUGCGGGACUGCCUGGCUGAAGUCGAGCAGCUGGCCUCUUCUGCCAUCAGGUCUGUAAAGACGGUGCGGAGCUUCAGGGCUGAGACUCAGGAGCUGAAGCGGUACCAAGAGGCUCUGGACAGGAAGCUUCAGAUACUGCAGUGCAAGGGCAUUUCCAGUGCAGUCCACCACCUUCUGCGCAAAUGUCUGUCAUUGAGCCUGAGGGUGGCUAUGGUGCUUCUUGGACGCCGUCUCAUCUCCUCUGGUCAGCUAAGCAGUGGGAGCCUUCUGGCUUUUAUGCUGUAUCAAAAAGACAUGGUGACCAACAUGAAGAACCUGGUGAAGGUCUAUGGAGAAAUCCUGAACACAGCAUGGUCAACAGAGAAGGUGUUUCAGCUGCUAGACAGAAAACCAAACAUGCAAGAAGCAGGCGAAUGGAUACCUGAGAAACUGGAAGGAAGAAUUACUUUUGAUAACGUCACCCUCUCUUACCCUUCCCAACCUGAAAAGAAAGCACUUAAGUCUGUGAGUAUAGAGCUGAGUCCAGGGAAGAUGACUGCACUGGUUGGCCCCUCUGGUGGAGGUAAAACUUCCUGUGUCAGUCUGCUGCAGAGGUUUUAUGAGCCUCAACAGGGCCAAGUGCUACUGGACACUGCACCACUUGAUCAGUACCAACACCAGUACCUGUGUAGCCAGAUGGCAGCUGUGUCCCAGAACCCAGUGCUGUUCUCUGGCUCUGUGAAAUACAACAUUGCAUACGGCCUACGUGACUGCACCAUAGAGAGGAUAAAAGAGGCAGCAAAGAAAGCCAAUGCACAUGACUUUAUUUGCAGACUGGAUGACGGCUAUGACACUGACAUUGGAGAGUGUGGUGGGCAGCUAUCCUCAGGACAGAAGCAGUGUAUUGCUAUAGCCAGAGUGUUGAUCAGAAAUCCAAAAAUAAUCAUUUUGGAUGAAGCGACCAGCAACUUGGACUUCAACACUCAGCAUGCGAUUCAGAAAGUCUUCUCUGGAAUAAAGGAUCAGACAGUGCUGGUGAUCGCUCAUCGUCUGCAGACUAUCGAGAGAGCUGAUCAUAUCAUCUAUUUGGAAGACGGGAUGGUCAAGGAGCAAGGAACACACGCGCAGCUUAUGGCUAUAAAAGGGGGAUAUUUCAAGCUUAGGGAAAAAUUGUUUCCAGUGGAUUCGGACCAAGACUAAGCAGAUUCAUUACCAUUAGGUAUGAAUUUGCAAGUAUCAACUGAAUGUGGAAGUAAUGAGAAAUUUAAAAUCAUGAUUUUAACAUCAGGCGGCACGGUGGUGUAGUGGUUAGCGCUGUCGCCUCACAGCAAGAAGGUCCGGGUUCGAGCCCCGUGGUCGGCGAGGGCCUUUCUGUGUGGAGUUUGCAUGUUCUCCCCGUGUCCGCGUGGGUUUCCUCCAGGUGCUCCGGUUUCCCCCCACAGUCCAAAGACAUGCAGGUUAGGUUAACUGGUGACUCUAAAUUGACCGUAGGUGUGAAUGUGAGUGUGAAUGAUUGUCUGUGUCUAUGUGUCAGCCCUGUGAUGACCUGGCGACUUGUCCAGGGUGUACCCCGCCUUUCACCCAUAGUCAGCUGGGAUAGGCUCCAGCUUGCCUGCGACCCUGUAGAACAGGAUAAAGCGGCUACAGAUAAUGAGAUGAGACCUAUUUUCAUUGAGAAUAUACACUUGUGUUCAAAAUAAUAGCAGUCCAACACGACUAACCAGAUCAAUCACUGUUUUUGGUGGAAAUUAUAUUACUACAUGGCAAAUAAUUUACCAGUAGGUGUAGUAGAGUCAUAGAAAACCAACAGACCCAACAUUCAUGAUAUGCAUGCUCCUGAGUCUGUGUAAUGGAAUAAUUAAGUGAAAGGGACGUGUUCAAAAUAAUAGCAGUGUGGAGUUUAAUUAGUGAGGUCAUUCAUUCUGUGAAAAAACAGAUGUCAGUCAGGUGGCCCUAAUUUAAGGAUGAAGCCAGCACAUGUUGUACAUCCAUUUCUCUCUGAAAACAUGAGAAACAUGGGUCGUUCCAGACAUUGUUCAGAAGAACAGCGUGCUUUGAUUAAAAUGUUGAUUGGAGAGGUAAAACAUAUACUGUAAAGAAGUGCAGAAAAUGAUGGGCUGCUCAGCUAAAAUGAUCUCCUCCAGUGCUUUAAAAUGGACAGCAAAGCCAGAGAGACGUGGAAGAAAACCGAAGACUACCAUUUGAAUGGAUCAAAGAAUAGCCAGAAUGGCAAAGACUCAGCCAAUGAUCAGCUCCAGGGUGAUCAAAGACGGUCUGAAGUUACCUGUGAGUACUGUGACAAUUAGAAGAUGCCUGUGUGAAGCUACUCUAUCGGCAAGAAGCUCCCGCAAAGUUCCACUGUUAAAAAAAAGACGUGCUGAAGAGGAUACAAUUUGCCAAAGAACACAUCGACUGGCCUAAAGAGAAAUGGAAAAACAUUUUGUGGACUGAUGAAAGUAAAAUUGUUCUUUUUGGGUCCAAGAGCCGCAGACAGUUUUUCAGACGACCCCCAAACACUGAAUUCAAGCCACAGUACACUCUGAAGACAGUGAAGCAUGGUGGUGCAAGCAUCAUGAUAUGGGAACGUUUCUCUUACUAUGGUGUUGGGCCCAUUUAUCGCAUACCAGGGAUCAUAGAUCAGUUUGCAUAUAUCAAAAUACUUGACGAGGUCAUGUUGCCUUAUGCUGAAGAGGAAAUGCCCUUGAAAUGGGUGUUUCAACAAGACAACGACCCCAAACGCACCAGUAAGCGAGCAGCAUCAGCGUUCAAGACCAACAAAAUGAAAGUUAUGGAGUGGCCAGCCCAAUCCCCGGACCUUAAUCCGAUAGAAAACUUGUGGGGUGACAUCAAAAAUGCUGUUUCUGAGGCAAAACCAAGAAAUGCAGAGGAAUUGUGGAAUGUUGUCAAAUCAUCCUGGGCUGGAAUACCUGUUCACAGGUGCCAGAAGUUCUCAGAAACAGUGGUUAUACAACUAAAUAUUAGUUUAGUGAUUCACAGGAAUACUAAAUCCUUAAGAUUUUUUCAGUUUAUACAGUAAAUAUUUGGAGUUUGUAAUGAAAAAUGCAGACACUGCUAUUUUUUUGAACAGCCCAAUGUUCAUUUUUCUUCAUUUUCUGUAAAGUAAUUAAUAUAUUGAUGCAUUUUUCUUCAUGGGCGGCACGGUGGUGUAGUGGUUAGCGCUGUCGCCUCACAGCAAGAAGGUCCUGGGUUCGAGCCCCAUGGCCGGCGAGGGCCUUUCUGUGCGGAGUUUGCAUGUUCUCCCCGUGUCCGCGUGGGUUUCCUCCGGGUGCUCCGGUUUCCCCCACAG